AUCACAAUGGCAGAUGGAGAACUUAAUGAAGACUACCCAGUAGAAAUUCAUGAGUAUUUAUCAACAUUUGAGAAUUCCAUCGGUGCUGUGGAUGAUAUGCUGAAGACCAUGAUGUCUGUUUCUAGAAAUGAGUUGUUGCAGAAGUUGGACCCACUUGAGCAAGCAAAAGUGGAUUUAGUUUCUGCUUAUACAUUAAAUUCAAUGUUUUGGGUUUAUUUGGCUACUCAGGGAGUUAAUCCUAAGGAACAUCCAGUAAAGCAGGAAUUGGAAAGAAUCAGAGUCUACAUGAACAGAGUCAAGGAAAUAACAGACAAGAAGAAGGCUGGCAAGCUGGAUAAAGGUGCAGCUUCAAGAUUUGUAAAAAAUGCUCUCUGGGAACCUAAACCCAAAAAUGCAUCAAAAGUUGCUAAUAAAGGAAAAAAUAAAAAUUAACCUUUUGGUUUUGUAUAUGUAUGUAUAUUGAAUUAGUACAUAAUUUUUGUUACCCACAAAGUAGAUGAUUGUGUAGCAAAGUUUUAAAUAUGUUCUUUAUGAAAUUCAUAUAUAAAAUGUGCAUUUUAAAUUUGUAAUGUUACUUUUUUCCUAGAAAGAUUGUUUUUUUUAUUGAAUUUUCUAUGGAAUACUUUCAGGUUUUUAACUUUGUGGUAUAUUUUAUAUUUAUAGUUUACCGUCUGCUGACA